AUCAUGGCGGACGCUGCGAUUAGUUUUAUGAAGGAUUUCUUGGCCGGCGGUAUUGCUGCUGCCAUCUCCAAGACAGCCGUCGCUCCCAUUGAGAGAGUCAAACUGCUGCUGCAGGUCCAGCAUGCCAGCAAACAGAUCACAGCUGAGACGCAGUACAAAGGGAUCAUGGACUGUGUUAUGAGGAUUCCCAAAGAGCAAGGUGUUAUCUCCUUCUGGAGAGGCAAUCUGGCCAACGUCAUCCGUUACUUCCCCACCCAGGCCCUCAACUUCGCCUUCAAAGACAAGUACAAGCAGAUUUUCCUCGGUGGUGUAGACAAGCAUAAACAGUUCUGGCGUUACUUCGCCGGUAACUUGGCUUCCGGCGGCGCUGCCGGUGCUACUUCCCUUUGCUUCGUGUACCCACUUGACUUCGCCAGAACCAGGCUUGCCGCCGACAUUGGCAAAGGCCCCGCUGAGAGAGAGUUCACCGGCCUGGGCAACUGCCUUGCCAAAAUCUUCAAGUCUGACGGUUUCAGGGGUCUUUACCUGGGCUUCAAUGUGUCCGUUCAGGGAAUUAUCAUCUACAGAGCCGCAUACUUCGGCAUUUAUGAUACAGCUAAAGGCAUGCUGCCAGAUCCUAAGCACACACACAUUGUCGUUAGCUGGAUGAUCGCUCAAACCGUCACAGCUGUGGCCGGUAUCAUUUCCUAUCCCUUCGACACCGUCAGACGUCGUAUGAUGAUGCAGUCAGGUCGCAAAGGAGCCGACAUCAUGUACAAGGGCACAGUGGACUGCUGGAAGAAGAUCGCCAAGGAUGAGGGUGGCAGAGCCUUCUUUAAGGGCGCCUGGUCCAACGUGCUGAGAGGAAUGGGCGGUGCCUUUGUGUUGGUCUUGUAUGACGAGAUUAAGAAGUACACAUAAACAUUCUAAACGGCCGUCCCACCUCGAAG